AUGGUUCCUUCUUGGAAAAUGGAAGAAAUCUUUCAACUGCCAAGCACGGUUCAAAGCACCAGGCGCUGUUACAACGCACAAGACUCUGACGUCAACGAAGAAAAGCUACUAUUCAAUACAAUAAUGGCCAAAGGAGACCAGAAAGAAACGGCUACACUAUUGUAUAAGUGCAAAAAGGAUAGGUAUUGGGCUACAGCAUUUCAAUAUAAUGCCAAGUAUUACAUGUACCGGGAAACUCUAUUUUUGAAGCCACGUAACAGGCGGGCUUCCACGCGACGCGCCAACAGCGAGCGAAGCAACAAGGAGACUUUCUCGUGCGACAACAUCGUGACGACGUAUUUCGACUCGACGGGCGAGUGGGUGGCCAAGUGUCUGGCCGCCAAAACUGUGCAAGAAUACAUCAUUGGCUCGGGAUACAGGAAGCCAGUGUUUAUUAUCACGGGGCUGAAGGUGGCAACGAACCUCGAGUUUGGCUCCGAGGCGACGCAGAAUGCCAACGCCGACACCAAAGUGGGCGUGAACGUGCCGCAGGCGCCGGUAACCGUCGGGAUUGAGGGGGCUAUGAACAUGGAGAAGAACCAAUUUCUCGGAUUCCAAUCGUCUGAUAUCGUGGUCGGGUUCCGUGUCAAGAAGUAUCAGUACAAGAGAGAGAGCCUGUUUAGCAGGGAGAGGAAGCUUGUGGGGGAGAUCUUCACGAAAGGCGCGGAGAUGCUUGAUGACACGGCGAGGCCGUCAAGGAGCUUGGAUGAGUUUGAAGAAAUCGCCAUUGAGGAGGAGAUAGUGGCGCAGAGGGAAGCUGAGAAACAGAGCAGUUCUCUUGUAGAAUGCUGGGUCAAAAGGACUCGCUCGUCUGGUCUAGACUAG